ACUCUCUUCUCUAUCUCUCUGCCUCUUUCGAUUUUUUUCAUUUUCAAAUCUCAGAUCCAGAAAAAAUAUCUGAGAUUCCCUCUCUCAACAAUGGCGUUGCUCGUUGAGAAGACCUCUAGUGGCCGUGAAUACAAGGUCAAGGACAUGUCCCAAGCCGAUUUCGGUCGUCUCGAGCUCGAGCUCGCCGAAGUUGAGAUGCCUGGACUCAUGGCUUGCCGUACUGAAUUCGGACCUUCUCAGCCAUUCAAAGGCGCUAGAAUCACCGGAUCUCUUCACAUGACGAUCCAAACCGCCGUACUUAUCGAAACCCUAACUGCUCUCGGCGCUGAAGUCAGAUGGUGUUCCUGCAACAUCUUCUCUACCCAAGACCACGCCGCCGCCGCGAUCGCUCGUGACUCCGCCGCUGUUUUCGCCUGGAAGGGUGAGACUCUUCAGGAGUACUGGUGGUGUACGGAGCGUGCUCUUGAUUGGGGUCCAGGUGGUGGUCCUGAUCUGAUUGUUGACGAUGGUGGUGACGCCACGCUUUUGAUCCAUGAGGGAGUUAAGGCUGAGGAGAUCUUUGAGAAGACUGGUCAGGUUCCUGAUCCUACUUCUACUGAUAACCCUGAGUUCCAGAUCGUGUUGUCUAUCAUCAAGGAAGGUCUUCAGGUUGAUCCUAAGAAGUACCACAAGAUGAAGGAGAGACUUGUUGGUGUCUCUGAGGAAACUACCACCGGUGUUAAGAGGCUUUACCAGAUGCAGCAAAACGGAACCCUUUUGUUCCCUGCUAUUAACGUCAACGACUCUGUCACCAAGAGCAAGUUCGACAACUUGUACGGUUGCCGUCACUCACUCCCUGAUGGUCUCAUGAGGGCUACUGAUGUCAUGAUCGCCGGAAAGGUUGCUGUUGUCUGUGGAUAUGGUGAUGUUGGAAAGGGUUGUGCCGCUGCCAUGAAGACUGCUGGUGCCAGAGUCAUUGUGACAGAGAUUGAUCCCAUCUGUGCUCUUCAGGCUUUGAUGGAAGGACUUCAGGUUCUUACCCUUGAGGAUGUCGUCUCAGAAGCUGACAUCUUUGUCACCACCACCGGUAACAAGGACAUCAUCAUGGUUGACCACAUGACCAAGAUGAAGAACAACGCCAUUGUGUGCAACAUUGGUCACUUUGACAACGAGAUCGACAUGCUCGGACUCGAGACUUACCCAGGUGUGAAGCGUAUCACCAUCAAGCCCCAGACAGACAGGUGGGUGUUCCCAGAGACCAAGACCGGAAUCAUUGUCUUGGCUGAGGGUCGUCUCAUGAACUUGGGUUGUGCCACUGGUCACCCUAGUUUCGUGAUGUCUUGCUCUUUCACCAACCAGGUGAUUGCCCAGCUCGAGCUCUGGAACGAGAAGUCAAGCGGCAAGUACGAGAAGAAGGUGUACGUUCUCCCCAAGCAUUUGGAUGAGAAGGUCGCAGCACUUCACUUGGGCAAGCUUGGAGCCAGACUCACUAAGCUUUCAAAGGACCAAUCUGACUACGUCAGCAUUCCAAUUGAGGGACCAUACAAGCCUCCUCACUACAGGUACUGAGAAAGAGAGAGAGUGGACAAACCGGUUCCGGGUUCGGUUCUACUUGUGGUUUUGUGUUGGGUUUGUGGUUGGAGAGUGGGAACAGUUUGAGAUAUUUGGUCUAACUGAUGAAGUUGACCAAAAUAUCAAUGAAUAAGGGUGUUAUUGGCUUUUGAAGGUUGUGCUUUGUUUUCUACAUUUUUCAUGAGACUUAAAAAAAUUAGUUUUUGGUUUUAGUUUCCUCUCUUGAUUUUUAUUUUGCGUGUUCUGUUCAACAUUGUACUCUUCAAUACAAAUGAGAAACCAAAAAAAACACAAAGGGGAAACUUAUUUUCAGCA